AUGGUAAACGAAGCACUCGAAAUGGACCAAGUUGUUAGCAGCAUCGAUGCCAUGCUGCACAGAGAACAAAGUUCGUACCAAGUUCCUGAUUAUUUGUCCUACCUUCCAGCGAAUGAGUAUGGAGAAUACCCAGUGGAUCGAGCCGCGCGAGAAGCGAUUGGCAAUUGGUAUUUGAUGAUUGUAGAGCGAUGCGACAUGAGUGUAGACACUGCAGCCAUUGCGGUUUCCAUUCUAGAUCGCUUUGCUUCCUCACCAGCUGCCAAGGAAUUUCUCAUUCAUCGUGAAAAGUUUCAACUGGCCAGUUUGGCCGCCAUUUACACGGCGAUUAAGAUUCACGAGAAGGAGGCCAUUUCUCCUGCCUUUGUGGCAAAUCUCAGUGGUGGUAUGAGCACCAAAAAGGAUGUUGAACGAAUGGAAAUGCAUUUGCUGCAAACCAUUACUUGGCUUGUCAAUCCUCCCACUGCCAUUUGGUUUGCCAGAAGAUUUCUUCAACUGUUAAACAUUGAAUCCAAGCAAAUAAUGAGAUCAAUCGAGUCUCAAGUCAUCCAUUCAGUAUUGAAGUAUGAAUUUUGCACAACCCGACCAUCUGAAAUCGCCGCCGCUGCCGUUGUCAACGCACUAGAAGUAGCUUUUGGCCGAGAUGCAUAUGUAAGACGAAUGGAGCGCGUUCUUCGCUCCACCAUUACCAUGUGUGGUGGACAGAUGAAGCGUCUUCGCUUUGAACUUGCUCAUGCAAUCGAUUGCGAAAUUGUUUCCGCAACAAUUGCGCAAACAAACAACAACAAGGGCCAUUCUUCUCCUUCGAAUCAAUCAAGAUCGAACGACUCUUAUCCCCAUUCUCCAAAGACCGUCAUGAUGAGAUAG